UUCCGGGGGGUUGGGCCCAGCGCCGGGCGCCGGUUGAGACACCUCUCGGCGUCCAUGGAGGCGCCGGUGGAGGCGGAAGGCGAGAAUGAGGACGGCGACAGCAGCUGCGGGGACCUGUGCUGCAUGGACAAAGGCCUGCGGAGCAUAUCAGAGUUAUCCUUAGAUUCAACCCUCCAUGCCAUCAAUCUGCAUUGCAACAACAUCUCGAAGAUCGAAGGCAUUGAUCGUGUUUGGAAUUUACAACAUUUAGAUCUGUCAUCUAAUCAAAUAAGUCAAAUAGAAGGGCUAAGCACCCUGACGAAGCUUCGCACUUUAAAUCUGUCCUGCAAUCUGAUCACCAGGGUAGAAGGACUUGAAGCACUAAUUAAUCUGACUAGACUGAAUUUAUCCUAUAACCACAUAAAUGAUCUUAGUGGUCUGAUGGCCCUUCAUGGGAUCAAACACAAGCUGAGGCAGGUGGACCUGCACGGGAACUGCAUAGACAGCAUCCAUCACUUGCUCCAGUGUGUGGUCGGCCUGCACUUCCUGACUCACCUGGUUCUGCAGAAGGAUGGCGAGGACAACCCUGUGUGCCGUGUGCCAGGGUACCAGGCAGUUAUGCUGCAGACUCUGCCGCAGCUUCAAACCCUGGACUGCAAGAACACAUUCGGCGAACCAGUGAGCCUGUCGGAGAUGAACUCCUCCAGUCUGCAGUGCUUUGACGGUCUUUUGGAUAAACUAGGUUCAUCUGAUUGUCCCCUCAAUAUAAGUGAAGACGAGGUCGUUGAUGGUGUGCCAUUGGUGACGGCCCCCCUCGGUGACAACAUGGCCCCGCUUGACCAGUUUGCAGAUAACCCGGCCGAAACUGGGCUGCCAUCCUUCAUGUCUGUGUGCCCGUCUUCUGAACCAGAGAAGGCUGAUCAUGACACCGAUUUUCAGAAUGAGAUGAAACUUCAGAAAUUAGAUGAUCAGUUUUUACAGCUUCUCAAUGAAACUUCUAGUUCUUUAAUAGAUAAUGUUCCCGAGAAAGACCUGAGACAGAAAAGAGACACAGAUAUGACUUCGGAAAGUGACUAUGGAAACAGGAAAGAAUGUAAUAGAAAAAUUCCUCGAAGAUCAAAAAUCCCGUAUUAUUCCAGAACAAUUCAGACUAUUAAGCAUCACAACAAAAGCAGCAACCCUUCCGUAAGCUGUAAUCGUAAAACGAAACAGCCUUACUUUAAAGACUUGUAUGUAAGGUCAUCUCUAGCCAACUGCAACCAAUUGGAAGAAGCAGAAGAGCAGAAGAUGGACAUGGUUAAAGUGGACAACAGUGGCUCGGAAGACAACACCUACCGGACACUUGUUGAACAGCUGGACCAGGAGAGGGAGAAGAGGUGGAAAGCUGAACAAGCUGAAAAGAAGCUCAUGGACUAUAUCGACGAGCUGCACAAACAUGCAAACGAAAAGAAGGACAUCCACAGCCUGGCUCUGCUCACCUCGGACAGGUUAAAGGAAAUUAUUUUUAAAGAGAGAAAUUCCAAAGUGCAACUUGAAGUUAUGGUUCACAGACUUCAAAAUGAAAUAAAAAAACUAACUAUUGAGUUACUUAAAGCGCGAGAUCAACAGGAAGACCACAUCCGACACCUGCGAGCCCUGGAGAGGGCGCUGGAGAAGAUGGAGAGGCAGAAAGGGCAGCAGCAGGCGGCCCAGAUGCGGCUUAUUGAGGAGGUGGAGCUCAAAGCAGCAGCUGCUGACCAGGAAAUCAACUUGCUUCGGACCUCCCUUCAUCAAGAGAAGGAGCAGGUGCAGCAGCUGCAUGAUCUUCUGGCGCUGAAGGAGCAGGAGCACAGGAAAGAACUUGAAACCAGAGAGUUUUUCAGUGAGGCCGAGCUGCAGGAAGCCGUGGCCAAGGAGGUGGCCAGAGCGGAGGCGAAGCACGAGCAGGAGGUCCAGGAGCACCGCGCGAAGGUGGACGCCCUGCAGCAGCAGUACCGGGACCUGGAGAACGAGUUCCGCAUCGCGCUGACUGUCGAGGCCAGGAGAUUCAAAGAUGUUAAAGAUGGUUUUGAAAGUGUUGCAACUGAGUUAGCAAAGAGCAAGCAUGCUCUUGUGUGGGCCCAACGGAAGGAAAACGAGUCUUCCUCUUUAAUUCAAGAUCUGACCUGCAUGGUGAAGGAGCAAAAGGCGAAGCUGGCAGAGGUCUCCAAACUGAAGCACGAGACCGCAGCCAGCCUGCAGAAUCAGAUCAGCACCUUCGAGAUUCUGAUUGAAGACGACAAGCAGAAGAGCGUCCAGAUCGAGCUGCUCAAACACGAGAGAGUCCAGUUGAUUUCCGAGCUCGCAGCCAAGGAGUCGCUCAUUCACGGUCUACGGACAGAGAGAAAAGUGUGGGGACACGAGCUGGCGCAACAGGGAUCCUGUCUGGCCCAGGACCGAGGGAAACUGGAGGCGCAGAUCGAAAGCUUGUGUAGAGAGAAUGAGUCUCUGCGGAAGGCAAGUGAAUGCGACAGGGACACGCUGCGGAUCAAGUGCAAAAUCAUAGAGGACCAAACUGAGACCAUCGGAAAGUUAAAAGUUAGUUUACAGGAAAGAGAGGAACAAAUCAAAGAAUUACAGGACAGCAUCGCCGAGAUACAGAAGUGCUCUCAGGAGCAGCUCGAGGAGAAGUCUUCGCAGCUGGACGACAUCAUCGAGAAGCUGGAGAGACACAACGAAAGGAAAGCUACACUGAAGCAGCAGCUGCAGGCCAAGGAGCUGGAGCUGGAAGAAAUCAGAAAAGCCUACAGCACGCUCAACCAGCGGUGGCACGACAAGGGGCAGCUGCUCAGCAGCCUGGAGAUGCAGGUGAAGGACGUGAAGGAGAAGUUCGAGAACAAGGAGCGGAAGCUGAAGUCGGAGCGAGACAGAAGUUUGGAACUGCAGAAGGAUGCUAUGGAAAAGCUCUACAGUAUGGAUGAUGCCUUUAAAAAACAAGUGCAAGCAAUUGUUGAAGCUCAUCAUGCUGAAAUAAUGCAACUGGAAAGUGAAAAGCAGAAAUAUAUUGAUUCUGCAAAUUUAAAGUGCUUGUGUUCCAGUCACAUUUAUUUCACUUAAUAACGGCCUCAAAGUGCAAGAGUAGUGAUGCUGGCAACUCGAUUGUGCUGAAGAGAAGCCAUCGCGAGCUCCCUUUAACUGGAAAGGUGAACAUUCUGGGCUUAAUAAGGAAAAAAAGAAUCCUAUGCUGAGGUUGCUAAAAUCUACAGUACGAACGAAUCUUCCAUCUCGAAAUUGUGAAGAAGGAAGAAGAAUCUAUGCUAGUUUUGCUGCCGUGCCCCAAACUGCAGAGUCAUGGCUCAGAGCAUG